AUGGAAGUGGGAUGCCGAUGCUUCGAGUUUGUUCCGUUAAAGUCCUUCAAGGAGUUAUGCUUGGCUCAGCCGGAUCCGGAUUUGGUAUGUUUGGUUAAAGGUUGUAAGUGGCUGCCAUCUAAGUGUAAAAUCUUUGCUUGGAGAGCGGGCCUGGAUUGCAUUCCUACUAAACAGGCUUUGGUUCGAAGAAACAUCAUUUCCGAUUCGGAUGAGUGUGUUUUUUGUCAGGAAGCUCAGGAAUCUGUGGAUCAUUUAUUUACCGGUUGCAUUGUUGCUAUGAAAGUUUGGAGCGGAAUCAGUUCUUGGAUCAAAAGUCCUCCUUUAUUUGCUUUCAGCUUUAAAGAUCUUAUGGAUUUCUAUUUGAGCUCGGGUGGAGGAGCUCCCGCUAAGGAUGUCAUCCGUGGUAUUAUCAUUGCGGCUUGUUGGUUCAUUUGGAAGGCUCGGAACGAGAAGAUCUUCAAUAAUGGUAAAGGGGAUUGGUUGGAGAUUGUUGGUAUGGUUAAGUCCUAUAGCUUCUUUUGGUUUAAGAAUAGGUGCAAGUUUAAAGAUCUAGAUUGGGUCGAAUGGUGUAAGUUCCCUUUGUAUAUGUUGUAA